GUAAAUGGACAGACUGUAAGUGUAAAUGGACAGACUGUAAGUGUAAAUGGACAGACUGUAGGUGUAAAUAGACAGACUGUCAGUGUAAAUAGACAGACUGUAAGUGUAAAUAGGCAGACUAUAAGUGUAAAUGGACCGACUGUAAGUGUAAAUGGACCGACUGUAAGUGUAAAUGGACAGACUAUAAGUGUAAAUAGACAGACUGUAAGUGUAAAUGGACAGACUAUAAGUGUAAAUGGACAGACUGUAAGUGUAAAUAGACAGACUGUAAGUGUAAAUGGACAGACUACUGUAAGUGUAAAUAGACAGAUUGUAAGUGUAAAUAGACAGACUAUAAGUGUAAAUGGACAGACUAUAAGUGUAAAUAGACAGACUAUAAGUGUAAAUAGACAGACUAUAAGUGUAAAU